AAGGUUAAGGUUUAAAAGGUUGGCUAGACGAAAACUUUGUUUAUAAAAUGUGUUAUAUCAUCGACUCAGAAUGACUUUCUGAGUCAAUUAGACUAUGUGCUUAUGCUACAUAUAGCAAGAUAAUGAUUACAAAAAUCCACAAAUUUUAGUUUUAUAUAAGUUAAAAUGAUACCGCCGAUUUUCAUAAGGAUGGGGCCUCGUUUGACCCUAGCACCCUUCAGAAAAUAACUUGAAGGUGUAAAUUCUUCACUAGUAUCACGAAGAAAUUCGUCCUUUUAUUGUUUGGCAACAAAUUGUUUAAAUAUUUUACAAUUAUGGUAAAAUGCUUUAUUAUUAGAAAAAUAAUUCACAUUUUUUAUAUACACACUAGUAUAGGGUAUCUUAUGGCCGGUAAUGACUGACUUUAUAUUGCUACUUGUUACUUUUUGAAUUGUUUAAAAACUAUUGUAUUUGCUGAGAUGUCGUCUAUUAAAGUUUUUUGGUAAAAUAAUUUGCUGAAGGAGCAGAUAUCGUAAAGAUUAUAAAACAAGCCUUAUAAAUGUACAAAAGUAUAUUUGCGCCGUUGUAACGUAUUUGGGAUUUUAAGAUUUUAUAAAACAAUACUUUUUCUUCGGAGCUAUUUACAAAGUGAUUAUUUAUUAUAGUUAUUUUGAGAGUACUUAAUUUCUAUAUUUUACGAAAAAAAGGGUAUUCGGUAUUUCACACAUAACGCACCAAUUUUUGUUCACUAUCUUUAUCUAUCUUAUCUGAGUCACAAUAGUAACUCACUUUUGAAAUACAACUAAUAUCUAAGGGAAACAUUCUCAAGAGAAUCGUAGGUUCUUACUCAUUGUUCAAUUGCUCGUAAAUUGAUAUCAAUGUUGGCGUUAAAAGAGAUCCAUAUGUACGUUGUUGUUCGUUUCUCCAUUUGAUUAAGGCCAAUAAAAAAUGUUUUGUUUUGUUCUGAAAUGCAAACGUAAGUACCAGACAUACGCAAUCAACAACGCCAGUUCUUAUCAAACCAAAAAAAGUACAGAACAGAAACGGUAACUGAAUAUAAACAACCAUUAGAUAGAUAGAUAAAACUCUAGAAUGCUAACAUAUAAAUUAGAUCAGCAAAGUAAUUGAAGUUAAAAAAAGUUACAAAAUAAAAUAAAUAAAUAAAUAAAUAAAUAAAUAAAUAAAAAAAUAAAUAAAUAAAUAAAUAAAUAAAUAAAUAAAGAAAUAAAUAAAUAAAUGACGCAUUAAAGUGCAAUAUGGCUUAUAAAAACGUGUUUAACAUAUUGGUCAUCUUCUUAGCAACAAGCGUGGACAUCAAUUACUGUCAAGAAUCUGGAGAACUAAGGAAUUCUAAUUUAAGCGAUGCCCUUAUACGUCAUGCUCGUCUCAGGUGUUUGCAGCAGUAUCCUCAGGCUGAUACAAUCAAUUAUUCGAACUCUCCCGAGACUCAAUGUUUUUUGCAUUGUUUUCUGUAUAGAAUGGGUUUAAUGGAUUUAAAUACUAGAGGUUUAAAUAGCAGAAAGUUUAUUGAUAUUUGGGAGAAAAUUGAAGAGGCCUUUGAGGAAGACAUUUGUUUGGAUAGAUUUGAUUUUAGUGAACCACUAAGUGGUAAAUGUAUUGAUACGUAUCGCAAAUUAAUGGAAUUUCGCAAUAAUUGUUUAGAAUUAUUUGAAUACACUUUUACUACAAAUAGUACUUGGAAAAAGGAGGAUCCUAAGCUAAGUAAAAAAAUUGGUCAGUCAGCUACGGAAUUUUGUGAUUUUAUUAAUGCAGAAAAUAUUAUGGCUAAAGAAACAUCUCAAGACGAAGAGGUUUCCCUGUUAACGGAAUACAAAGAAAAAUUGCAGUGUAUUUUUGAAAAUAUUCACUAUUUGGAUGCUUAUGGCAGAAUUGAUGAGUCUGAAAUCAACUUGAGUUACCAAGAAGCUCUUGAAGAUUCUAUAGAAUCCCGUGAUGUAGUACGAAACUGUAGCCGUCGUGCUAAUGCCAAAUAUGAUAAAUACUACUUUGGUAAUAUGGUGUGGGAACUGCAAAAGUGUUUAAAGGCUCAAAGUCCAGUCUACGAUAAAGUUUACAAAUUGAGAGAUAAAAUUUCCAGAAAUUACUGACAU